UACGUAAUAUGGCAGUGGACAGAGAUGUUAAAUUGUGGCAGCUGGAAGAGUAAUUAUAUAAGUCAAAUAAAUUUGUACAAAGUUAUUGCUAUUGUCAAGUUAAGGGUACCAACUUUGCAUUUGUGGACAGGUGUGACAGAAUUGAUUUAAGUUGUUUAUAUAGAAAAUGGAGAAGGAAAAUAUAGAUGUCACGGGGAAUUUGUCUAAUGGCACGAGUUUAAUCGCAGGUAAUCCAAAGAAUCUUGCGGAUGAUGUAGUAUUCAGUAGUGAGCCAUUGAAAGAAAAUGUACAGGAAGUGAAAAGAAGGAAAAGACAAAUUGAAUCGGAAAGUAAACAAAUAAGAGAGGAAAAGUACAAUAGAGAAUUACAAGAACAACAAUAUAAACGAUUAAUGCAUUUAUUGAACAGAAGUAAAUUUUAUUCUUCAUAUAUUGUUAAUAAAAUUAAUGAUACUACCAAGAAUAGCGAUAAAAAUGUUAAUAAAAGACAUAUGAAAGAGGCUGGUACUGCUGCUGGUGUUUCACCAGAGGCAAAAGAUAAAAGGAGGAUCUAUAAACAAAAUUAUAUAUCAGUAGAUGUGCAAAGGAAAAUAGUUUCAAAGCAACAUAGAUUGAAUUCUUAUGACGAGAGCCUUGAGUCUGAAUUGAUUAUAGAUUCCAAAAAUGAUAAACAAGAAGCUUGCAAUACUGCUACAGAGACACCAAAGUUUUUCAAUGGGGUUUUAAGAGAUUAUCAAAAAGAAGGAUUGCAAUGGCUGCAGGUGCUGUAUGAGAAUGGUAUAAAUGGUAUUUUAGCUGAUGAGAUGGGUCUGGGGAAAACGAUACAAGUGAUAGCUUUGAUAUGUCACCUGAUUGAAAAACAGCAGGAUGGCCCUUAUUUAAUAAUUGCACCUCUUUCAACUAUACCAAAUUGGAUGAUCGAAUUUGAAAGAUUUGCUCCAAAGUUACCUGUCUUUCUACUCCAUGGUACAAUAGAUCAAAGAUACUCUAUAAUAAAAAAAAUUAAACAAAAGUAUAAAAUCACAAAUACUUAUAGUACUAUGCCAAUUGUGCUCACUAGUUUUGAGAUGCCACUAACUGAAAAAAAUUUUAUGAGAUCUUUACAUUGGAGGUAUAUAAUAGUCGACGAAGGUCACAGAAUCAAAAACCACGAAUGUCAACUUGUCGCGUUGUUGAAGCAAUGCAAAUCGAUGAAUCGACUUUUGCUAACCGGCACACCGCUACAGAACAAUUUAGCGGAACUGUGGUCGCUGUUAAAUUUUCUAUUGCCCGAAAUAUUUGACGAUCUAGCUGUAUUUGAAUCGUGGUUCGAUGCUAAGGAACUCGAAUACGACGAAGGAACAAAAAAAUUUUUGAAACAAGAAGAAGAGAAGCACGUACUAUCGUCGUUGCGUGAGAUAUUGCAACCGUUUAUGUUGAGGCGCGAAAAAUCAGACGUUUGUUUAGAUGUUCCGGCAAAGAAGGAAUUGAUCGUCUACGCUCCGCUCACAGUACUCCAACACGAUUUAUAUAAGGCGGUAUUAAAUCGCGAUAUAGAGAAAUUGAGUUUAAUGGACAAUUCGCCAAUUAUAUACACAGAGGAUGGUAAACGACCAAAAAGAAGAUGUACCAUGAGGAAUGUAUUUAACAGCAAUCUUUCAGGCUACGCUUAUGAUUUGGUUCAGGAAAUCGACGAAAGUAUAGAUAACGAAUUCUGGAGAAAACAGAAGCCUGUGGAUAAGUCACAUUUGACUGCUUGGAAACAAUACACUGAUGUCACAGAUCGCAAUCGAGAUUAUUUACUUAAUAUUAAAUCUGGUAAUAGAGUGGCAAUGUACAAAAAAAUUGUGAAUCACCCGUAUUUAGUUCACUGUCCGUUGGAUCCGAGUGGUUUACCGAAAAUAGACGAUGAUUUGAUUAAGUCGUCUGGUAAGCUUUUAGUAUUAGACGCGAUGCUUGCAAAGCUUAAAGAGCAGGGACAUAAAGUUUUGUUGUUCUCCACUAUGACAAUGGUAUUGGAUGUGAUAGAAGAUUACCUUUCACUGCGUGAUUAUGAUUACGUCAGAUUGGAUGGUAACACUCCGCUUGAAGUGCGAAAGGAAAACAUUAAGAAUUUCACUACGAACCCUGAUUUAUUCUUGUUCCUUAUAUCUACAAGAGCAGGCGGAGUCGGAUUGAAUCUUGCUUCAGCGGAUACAGUUAUUAUGUAUGACUGUGAUUGGAAUCCGCAAAUGGAUAUACAAGCUAUGGCCCGUUGCCACAGAAUUGGACAGGUUCGACCCGUGGUUGUGUAUAAGUUAUGCGUUAAAGGGACAAUCGAUGAAUCGAUCAUUACUCGUGGGGAAAAAAAACGUUUUCUAGAGAAAGCGGUAAUUUCUAAGAUCGAUAAAAUCUCCGUAUUCGAUAAGGAAUCAUUACUAAGAUUAAAGGAGCUUUUGGAGUCAAAAGAAUGUCAAGUAGUCGCGGCUGAAAAUCAAGUUUUUACAGAAGAAGAACUUAACAAAUUGUUAGACAGAAGUGACUUGUAUGAGAAAUAGCAUAAGACGCCUUAAGUAGCCUAAAUUUUCUCGAAAAGGAUUACGUAAAAAGAAUACGGACGAAAAUUAUUUCAUAAUAUU